UGGCACACGAAGCUUGACUCUGGUCAUGCAUUUUUAUACAUUGGAGCAAAUCACGCCAUGCAUGAAAUGCACUUUGGUAAGUACUGCAUGACGUACAGCGUUAAAUCGACGAAUUCGAGGACCAAUCAAAUCGAUCAUCUAUAACGAGCUUAAGUCGCUACUGCACGGAGUCGCCACAUUAUGCAGACUUUACAGUGUUUGCAUGUCGCAUAUCAGUGUUCAUUUCCAUAUCGCUCAGGACAUAAACAUUGCGAUAGUGUUCAGUGAGCACUAAAGUGUAUCACUACUAACUUGUGUUGUGAUAGGACACGCUGACGUUUCAAGCAAAAUGAAGUUCUAUCACGGAAAGAUACUUUCCCGGUCCCAAUUAAAAUGUUUAGCUGAACAUAAAUAUUCGUGUGAAGGUGUUGGUGUGUUGGACCCAGUUUUACAACCCUUCUGGAAUUGGCUAACCCUGAAAAUGCCCAUGUGGUUGGCGCCCAAUCUGAUCACUGUUCUGGGAUUAGCUAUAAAUAUCGUCACCGCUUUAAUACUCGUCAUGUACUCACCAGACGCAAAACAAGAACCCCCUCGGUGGGCCCACUUUUUGUGUUUUCUGGGACAGUUCAUCUACCAAAGUUUCGACGCAGUCGACGGAAAACAGGCUAGAAGGACCGGAACGGCCAACUCUCUUGGGGAAUUGUUUGAUCACGGCUGCGACUCGGUGUCCAUGGUUUUCGUUUCAUUGUCGCUACUGGUCGCAGUCCAGUUGGGGUACUACCCCCAAUUAAUGCUUUUUCAGUGCUUUGUCGCCUUGGUGUGUUUUUACUGCGUACACUGGCAAAUUUACGUUUCGGGGGUAUACCGUUUCGGAAAGAUCGACGUUACAGAGGCUCAGUGCGCUGUAAUGUUUAGCCAUCUAGUUACUGGUGUCUUUGGUCCCAGCAUAUGGUGGACGAAGGUACCUGGGACGGAACUUGAGUUGGUGUGGCUUGCCGUGGUUGUAGCAAGUGUGGUUUCUUUUAUCCUGGUACUACCAAAUCUACGCAAUAUUCUGACGAAAGGAGUGGGCAAAAAUGGAUCAACAGUUGCUGGAACAAGUGUCCUAUCACCGUUCAUACCACUUUCGAUCGUACUUCUCUCCACGUACGUUAUUGCUCAAAUGUCCACGGAACACAUAUACGAAGAACAUCCAAUGUUGUAUAUUUUAACUUUUGGACUAAUAACUUCCAAAGCGACUAACCGCAUUGUGGUUGCUCACAUGACAAGAAGUAAACUGGAUUACGUAGAUUGGUCGCUUCUAGGGCCCGCGAUGCUCUUUUUGAAUCAAUACUUUAAUAACUUUUUAAAGGAACACUAUGUUUUGUGGCUGUGCCUGUUAUGGGUAGUGAUAGAUUUCCUGGCUUACUCUCAUCAGAUUUGUAUGGAAAUCUGUGAUCAUAUCCAAGUGGAUUUGUUUAGAAUACCGUAUUCUAAAGAGUUACGAAAAAACUCGCACUCAGACAUCCGUUUUCAUAAAAAUAAAGACAAUUCACACAUUCAUUAGUUAAAAUUAUGUAAAU